GCGAAUCGUCAGCGGUUACAUCAGCCGUCGCAUCACCGAAACGCGUACGAUUAUCGUCGCACGGUACAAACGCGAAUUUUGAAUUCGAUUCGGAAACGCAUAUUGUGAUGUGGCUCGCCCAGACACGCAUACUGUCUAUCGUCAAUUGCCGCUGUUUGUAAAGUUUUGCUGCCGAGACACAAUAUUUUCAGUCCGCGCGCGCGUUAGGUAACAUUCGAAUUUGUAAUUAUCGUAUAGCUCGCAUCGAUUCACCGUCCACCGACGACGACCGUAUAUCGAUCCGUUUCCCAGGCCCCUGCGAUCGCGAUCGCGAGUCGUUUUCCUCGAUCGCCGCCGUCGAGCCUAUCCCAAUCGAACUCUCGUUGUACGAGCGCACUCACACUCACGCAUUGCACACGCGUGCGCGCAUUCGCGAGUACGAUACUACGACGAUAAUAUUAUAGUACACGACCGUGACUCUGGAACCCGAGACACGCUUCGAUCAUGCUUUCUGCGACGUACUAUUGCGCCGCGUCCAUUGUGCUGAAAUACUGAUCCUGUAGCACCGAGAAGACAACUUUUUCGCUUACGGUUUUUCAAAAUAGGCUCCUAUUCAAGUUUUCGUCAUAGUAGUCUAGUCCUCCCCCUCCCCCUCCCCCUCCCCCACGUUUGACAACGACGACGGUUUGUCCAUCGUCGAAAGUCUUCAUGUACACCCUAAAGUCUCGUGUGGCCUUCCAACUGUCGCAUGUGUUGAUGAUCUGACAUAACGGAACACACUAUUGCCACUGUCAACCUUUGAUCUUGUAACCAUGGCCGACGUAUUGCAGUCCAUUUGCAACCCGUUGCCUCUGUCGUCCAGCCAGUCAUCAAUAGUUAAAGAAGGAUGGCUGUUCAAACGAGGCGAACACAUUAAAAACUGGAGGUCCAGGUAUUUUAUUCUGUUUGCUGAUGGUUCACUCAUGGGCUACAGGAACAAACCUGAAGGUCCAAUGACCGAACCUCUCAACAAUUUCACUGUAAAGAGGUGUCAAAUAAUGAGUGUUGAUCGUCCCAAACCAUACACAUUCACAAUUCGAGGAUUGCAAUGGACCACUGUUAUUGAACGAACAUUUCAUGUGUCUUCUGAUAAAGAAAGAGAAGAAUGGAUGACUGCCAUUAAAGGUGUAUCAGAACGUUUGUCUGAUGUUGAUGAAGUUGAAAUGGAAGGCGUUUCUCAUUCGACUAGCAUAUCAAGCACAAUGUCGGGACCCAGUUCAGAUGACUUCAGUGCCAAAUUUUCUGUUCAAGGAACAUCUUCAAGUAAAUCCACCGGAAAACGAAAAGUGACUCUUGAGAAUUUUGAAUUUCUUAAAGUACUUGGAAAAGGUACAUUUGGAAAAGUGAUUUUAUGCCGAGAAAAGGCUACAGGUCAUUUAUAUGCUAUCAAAAUUCUUAAAAAAGAAGUCAUCAUCCAAAAAGAUGAAGUUGCUCAUACGCUUACUGAAAACAGGGUUCUCCGCACUACUAGUCAUCCUUUUCUAAUAUCAUUGAAAUACUCAUUUCAAACUGCAGAUAGAUUAUGUUUUGUCAUGGAGUAUGUAAAUGGCGGAGAACUAUUCUUCCAUUUGUCAAGAGAACGAGUGUUUACAGAAGAUAGAACUCGUUUUUAUGGAGCUGAAAUUAUUUCUGCUUUGGGUUACUUACAUUCCCAAGGAAUUAUUUACAGGGAUUUAAAACUUGAAAAUUUACUGCUAGAUAAAGAUGGUCACAUUAAAAUAGCUGACUUUGGAUUGUGCAAAGAAGAUAUCACUUAUGGGUCAACAACCAAAACAUUCUGUGGCACACCUGAAUACUUGGCUCCAGAGGUGUUAGAAGAUUUAGAUUAUGGUCGAGCUGUUGAUUGGUGGGGAAUAGGAGUAGUCAUGUACGAAAUGAUGUGUGGAAGGUUACCAUUUUAUAACAAAGAUCAUGACAAAUUGUUCACUCUCAUUUUAAUGGAAUCUGUACGAUUUCCAAGGGGACUCUCUGCUGCUGCAAAAAGUUUGCUAACUGGUCUUUUAAUCAAAGACCCCAAAAAGCGGUUAGGCGGAGGUCCUGAUGAUGCCCAAGAAAUCAUGAGUCAUGUUUUCUUUAGUAGUAUUAAUUGGUUGGAUUUGGAACAAAAAAAGAUUCCUCCUCCAUUCCAACCUCAAGUAUCAUCAGACACAGACACACGAUAUUUCGACUCGGAAUUUACUGGAGAAUCUGUUGAACUUACUCCACCUGAUUUAUCAUCUCAUCACCUCAACAGCAUUGCAGAAGAAAUGGAGCAAUCACAACCAUACUUCCCACAAUUCAGCUACCAAGACUUAGCUGGAUCAAUAUCAAUAAGUGCCAGUUCGUGUUUCAGUCAUACGUGAACAAAAUAAAAAUAUGUAAGUGAUUCUGUAAAAUAUUGCUUAACAAUUAAUUAAUUUACUACAAAUGAUAAACUGACUUUACUCUUCAUAUUUUUUCUUUUUGACAUUAGGCUAUUUUCUGUAUAUAAAUUAUAUUAAUACUAUACAAUGUUUUGAACUAGUGAAUUUUUUUUUUUUGAACGUUGGUCAAAUACUUAUAACACACAAAAAGUCACUUUUAUAAGAUCGUUCAGUAUUUAUAGAAUUUUUCAUCUAUUUUUUUUUUCUGUAUGUAGCUGUUUAUUAUAAAUUAUUGCUGUUUUUUUUCAAUUAUUAUUAUUUUUUUUUCUGUCUUGUUGAAAGUGUUUGUUUUGUGUACAUAUUGUUGAAAAUUUAUUCUAAAAACAUUUUACCGGCCUCCCUUGUAUGCAGGAUACAUUUUUAUCCUUAAAAAAUUGUAAAGCAUUUUUUUUUAUGUUUUUGAUGUGGUAUUUACUGUUUGUCUUAAUUUUACAUCAUAGCGAGCUCUAGAGAUAGUGUAUUGGGUUAUAAGGGAGUAUGAUUGGGAAAAAUUGUAGGUAGAAAAUGUAUACAAGCGGGAUUUGUACUCUAGAAUCUAUUAAAAAAGCUUGCAAUCAAGUUUUUAUAUAAUUAUACAUUAUGAAUUAUAUUUUGUAAUAUAGCCUUUACACUUUAUUUGAACAUAUUGUCGAAUGAUCAUUUUCAACCAAGUACCAUUCAAAUUCCGUAUGUCAUAAAUUAAAUUGUUAUUUUCAAUACUGUUUAUGAAUGAUUAUGCAUAAUGUUAAGUUAUCAAUUUAAAAGAAACUAAAUUGAAUUUAUUUACUUUUUGAAAAAAAUUAUUGUUUUUUUCUCUAAUAGUAAAUAGUUAGUUUAUUUAGAAGAACAAAAAUAGAAACUAUGUUUACCAAAAAUCUAAUCAAAUUAAUUUGAAAUUAUACAAGAAUUAAAAAAAAAUUAUUACUUUAGAAAUAUUUUUCUUGCACAGAUGACUAAUUGAAUAUUUAUUUUUCAAAUUAAGUUCACUAUCAUUGCAUAUUCUUGUUAUUUAAAAACAAUUUAAACUGAAUCAGUAUUUAGUUAUUUAAUGUUUUAAUAAUAUUAACUUACAUUUUUUUUAAAUAUGAAAUUAUUCUUUGGGUGAUUACUCUAUUUCCUCACACGUUUUACAUGACUACCACAUCAGUUUCCUUUUAAGUUUAUUUGUUUUGAUACGUAUAUUUUUAAAAAUCAAAAAAACUUACUGUUACAGUUUUAUAAUAUUUUUGUCUUAAAGUCUGUUUAAAAUAUUUAGGUUUCUCAUAUUGUAGACUUAUUAUUAAAUUGAAUAACUAUCAAAUAAUUAUUAAUCAAAUUAAUCAUCAAUAUUAUAUUAAGUAUCACGGAGUGAAUACUCAGAAUACUAAUUAAACUUAAAAACCGUCUUACCUCUAUGAUUACAAAUAUUACUAUAAAUAAUUUUAACAAAUAUAAGUUAACUGCCUGCAGAAUUAAAAUCUGGUUAGAAAAGUCUACAGCUGUUAUUUGGUGCCUAUGUGUAAAUCAAUCCCUCUCAAAUUUUGAAAAACAUUUAUAAUUUUUUUAGUUAAAUACUGACAAGUGACAACAACUGUUGAUUGAGGAUUUAUCUUUAUUUUUGUAUCACAAAAUUAAACAAUACUUAAGAAAGUAUUAUUUAUUAUUCCAACCAAGAUUUUGGUUUGUGUAGAAAGGUUUGAAUUUAAAUGUAAUAAUUAUUGAACACAAUGGAAUAAUAAUGCAUAUAAUUAUUUUAUAAAAUAGAUUCAAUUUUGGUAUACCAAUAAUCAAUUAAAUAAUUUGAUGCCAACAAAAAUUCAAUAAUUGUUUACACACUAUAUAUAUUAUGUGUUAACAAUACAUUGAUUUAAUUUUCAAUACAUCAUGACGACUAACCGAUUUAAAAAUGCAAGGUAUUAAGGCAUUUCUUGUGAGAAUUACUAUUUGUCUCAUGUCUAAAAAUCAUUUUUUGGAUUGUAGUGCAAAGAUGCUAAAAAUUACCUCGCUGUGUACCAUUCAUACAAUUUUUUUAAAAAAAUCCGAAUUUCAUUUGAUACUUGUAACAACAAAUUCAUUUUUACCAAACAUAGUAUGAAAAAUUAAAAGUUUUUCAUUUUGUUACAAUAAUGCUCAAUGGUGCACAAUAUGCAGCUGUUUCAGCAAUACUUGUUGUGUACUGGCGUAUAUAAUAUGUGUUCCUAAUUUCCUAUAUUACUGAUUAUUAUUACAUUCAGAUCUGAAACAGCUGAAUUAUCCGACUAAUAUAGUAUAACUUGAAUUUAUUGCAAUUAUAUAAUGAUUAUUUUAGGUUAAUGUUAUUUUAAUAUUUUGCACUGUCAACAAUAUUAUUUAAUUUCUUAGCAUUUUUACUUUUAUUUUCCAAAAACAACAUUUCCCCCAAGUAUCAUUAACUAAAUUUUAAAUCAUAUUUUGAAAAAAAAAAGAAAUAUUUUUAAUUUACAUAACAGAAAUGCCAAGGAAAAAAAUUGUUACCUCAAAAAAUAAAUUACAUUUACCAAUGAUUUCUAUUUGUAUAAAGUAGAGAACACUAUUAAUUAUGUAAGUUUUAUCUUUGUGAAAUUUUUCGCGUAACUACUAUUAUUUAUUAGUAAGUUGUAUAAUCAUUGUUAUAAAUAGAAUAUUAUGAUUUUUUAAAGUUAACAUUCAGUGGGAUAUUUAUUUUUAUUUUUUUUAGUUUUCUUAUCUAAUAAUGGUAUUUUAACCUACACAGGUUCUGGAUCAUAAAAAAAUUGGUACUAUAUUUAUAAGACAUCGAUGGGAACUAUAACUAUUGUAUGUUUUUUUUUUCUUAAAUGUAAAAUUUUUGAAUUUUUGAUGUUUAUAAAAACCUAAAGAUGUAAGAUAAUUAUGUAGACAUAUUAUUAUCAUUAGAUUAGUAAAUGUUUUUUUUUUGUA